GGAGUUCAGCCACUGGAAGGUGAACAGCCUGGCGACAGAGAAGAGAGAUUUCCUCAAAGCUCCGUUGCCCUUAGCGCCAGAGUUCCUACGCAACCUGCGGUUACUGGGGCGACGGCCGACCCUGCAGCAAAUCAACGAAAACCUCAUCAAGAAGUACGGGACCCACUUCCUAGUUUCUGCUACCCUGGGAGGAGAGGAGUCUUUGACCAUUUUCCUGGACAAGCAGAAGCUGAAUAAGAAGUCAGAGGGUAACAGCAACAGCUCAGUGGUGUCUCUGGAGCUGCUCCAUCAGCUGGCCGCUUCCUACUUCACGGAUCGAGAGAGCACCCUGAGGCGACUGCACCACCUCCAGAUCGCCACCUCUGCUAUCAAGGUAACAGAAACAAGGACGGGACCUCUCGGCUGCAGUAACUACGACAGCUUGGAUUCAGUUAGCUCGGUGUUGGUGCACAGCCCGGAAAAUAAGAUCCACCUAAAGGGCUUGCAAGAUGUCCUGCCAGAGUUCCUGCGUGGGCGUUUUGUGGAGGCAGCCCUCAGCUAUGUGGCGUGCAACUCGGAGGGCGAGUUGCUCUGCCGCAACAACGACUGCUGGUGCCGGUGCUCAGCCCGCUUCCCAGAAUGCAACUGUCCCUUCGCUGACAUCAAGGUCAUGGAGGAGAACCUGGAGAAGAGCAAAGAGGGCUGGAGCAGCUUCAACCAAGAGUUCAUGGAAUCAGAUGAAUUCAAAGCCUUCCUGAAGCGCUUGCCCGCUGACCGGUUCUUGAAUGUGUCCAUGAUCGCCAAGUUUUGGUCGGCUGACUUGUCCCUCCAAAAGCGCUACGCCCAGAUGGAGUCCAGCACUGCCCUGGUCCUGGGCAAAGCCCAGAAGAUCGUCAGGAAGCUGUUCACCCUGAGCAAACGCUGCCCCAAACAGCCUCGCAUCAGUCUGCCCCGAGAGAGGCCUGUUGGGUUUUGGUUGAGCAAGGCCCAGUCUCUGCUCUACUGCAAUGAGCAUGGAGUGCUAGGCUCAUUCUCAGAAGAGGUGAGGAGCUGUAUCUGUCCUGUGGAGCAGCCCACCUGCCAGGGAGUCAUUCCCUGCAUUGUGGGCACCUCAUCCACCUCCUGCUCCUCUUGUGCCACUGACAACGCAACCCGCUGCGGAGCCUGCCACCAUGGCAACCUUCUGCAUCUUGGAUCCUGCCGGCCAAGCAUUGCUGCAUCCCUGGACCACUAUCUGAACUUGGACUUGGACAUGCCUGAUGCUGAGGUGAAGUACCUGCUUCAGCGACUGGACAGCAGAAUAGAGGUCCACGCCAUCUACAUCAGCAACGACGUCCGCCUGGGAAGUUGGUUCAAUCCUGCCUGGAGAAAGAGGAUGUUGCUGACACUCAAGAGUAACAAAAACAAGUCCAAUCUCAUCCACAUGCUGAUGGGCAUUUCUUUCCAGAUAUGCUCGACUAAGAAUUCAACACUGGAGCCUGUGCCUGCGAUUUAUGUGAAUCCUUUUGGAGGAAGUCACUCCGAAAGCUGGUUCAUGCCGGUUAACCAGCCUGAAUUCCCUGACUGGGAGAGAACUCGACUGGACACUGUCGUCACGGCACAGUGUUACAACUGGACACUGUCUCUGGGCAACAAAUGGAAGUCUUUCUUUGAAACAGUGCACAUCUACCUGCGAAGUCGCAUCGUCACAGAUGAUCCAACAGUGAAUGAGACUCUCUUCUAUGAACCGUUGGACUUGGAUGACCACACGUCAAACCUGGGGUAUAUGAAGAUCAACACACUGAAAGUGUUUGGAUACAGCAUGCACUUUGACCCUGAGGGCAUCAAGGAUCUGAUUCUCCAGCUGGACUACCCCUACACGCAGGGUACACAGGAUGCUGCGUUUCUGAUGUUGUUGGAGAUGAGAGACCGGAUUAACCGGCUGUCUCCACCAGCACCGCAGCCACUUGACCUGUUUUCUUGUCUGUUGCGCCACCGGCUCAAGCUGUCGGCUGGAGAGGUGGCACGCAUCAAGGACUCUCUGCAGAUCUUCAACUCCAAGCUUCCCAAUGCUUCUCCUGAACCUGAGCUGGCCCAGCUGUGCAGCUAGCUAGCUUAGCACACAAGUCAGGUUCAGGAGUGAUACUACACAUAGAAAGUGCUUCAGGGACAGCCCUAGACUUAGUGGAGGAGGUCCUACUACAGUAAACUGGCCUCUGGGACCUAAAUUGUCUGGAUUAAUAGAACAUCCAACUCUAAAGGCUGACUGCUGGGCUUUUCUUACGGCCACUCUUGGCUAGUUUUCUGGUGUCACAUUUUUAUCAUAAAUUGCUACCCAAGUCCUUUGACGAACAAUACGUUGUGGACUUUUGGGAGAACAGCUGAUACUUGGACUUUCUUUCAGAGGCUACUGUACUAGCCUGGAGGCUUACUUUUGCUAUUACUGCCCUGCUUUUGGCAAACUGUUCGACUGGAUGAAGCUAAAAAACUCUUAGACCGACAGGUUUUGUGAUCUGGAACCUUAGAGAGCCGAUGUCACUAAGUAUACUUUAGACCUUUGCCUUGCAAAGAUAAAGGCGAUUUUGAUAUGUAAAGAGGAACUCGUAAGGGGUCUUCAAAAAUGAGUUAAUGGAAGAGGAUUUCCUCUUUUCUAACCCUAUUUUCUUUGGCUACAGAACAAUCUCGUGGGAAGGGAAAAUGGGAUAAUAUUAUAUAUGUGGUGAAUGAGUUGUUAUGUUAUGCUUAACAGUUUAAAAUUUGAUAAUCCUGAACCCUGUUACUGUCUUUGAAUAUUUCUUUUUAAUCCCCUCCAUUUUAUCUGGCAUUUGAAAACUUGUAAGUAUCUAUGCUUAACAUCGGAGUGAGAAGCCUGUUAGUGAUGUUCUGUCCUUGGUGGUGUGUCUAUACCAAAAGAAGGUGAACACAUUGGCAAACUGAAUGGCAAAAUACCUUAAAUGUUGAGUUAUUUUUUUCUCUGAGCUGAAAAUCAUAAAGAAAUCUUCUGAUGUGGUAACAAAAAGGUCUGCGGAUACAGCGCUGUAAAUAAUGCUCCAUCUAACCCCAGGUGUGGACAAGUGCACAUUGCUUUUUAGAUAACCGAGUGCAAAGACCAAAAAAAUGUUUAUAAGAAAACAAACUCAUGCCUUAUAUGGAGAGUCAAUGUUAAGAUAAGAAGCACAUUUAGUUUCUGUGUUUGAUUUCCCAGCGAAGGCUGUAUUGCUUUUUAUAUUUCAAUAUUUCUACCAAGACAGAACAACAGAAACAUUCUCCAGUGGUAAUGUAGCUUUUCCAUGUAAAUGCCAGUCACACUAUUUCUGCAGUUACUUGUUUUGAUUUGGUGUUGUGAAACUUUGAGCCACUAUUCACAGUGCACAACGGUACUUGCAUACUGUAAUUGUUCUGCAAAACCCUUUUCUCUCCACUUAUACAAACUCUCAGUAAGUCAUGGUUGAUUAUAUUUUGGUUUUAAAAAUGUUUUCAAUGGUUUGGUUUAGUCUCAGGUCAAUGAAACAGUUUUUUCCCCCACGUGGGUCCAAUGUCAGAUGCCAGUUACCACGGUGACUGGAGUUACAAGGUUUCUGCAGGCCAGUGAUGAUACUCUCGAGAGCUGAAAACUUACCAGGAUGAUACUUGAUAUGAUUCUACAUUUCCUUCACUAAUUUCUCACUGAAAGUCAGUAAACCUUGUAUGUCAUUUUCAGCAGUUCUUCUGUGCUCAGCUUGCUUAAGUAAAAACAAAGUGGUUUAUCUAUUUGGGAUCCUUUUUCUGCUUUCAACUCUAACUGUAAUAACAUGUGUACUAUGAAAUAACACAUUGAUGAGUAUAUUCUUGACUUGUGAAAACCCAGUCCAGGCACAAGGCCAGUGUGUAUUGUUAUAAUGGAUGUUUCACUAGGGAAAUUCAGCUAAAUGCUCAUUGUAAAAAGUCGAAUCAGUUUCUAACAUGUAGUGAAUUCACUGUUUAUUAAACUUCAAGGUUCAAAUUCAAGUAUAAUUAAGACAUAAUCCCCAAAUCAGCCACUGGUCUCACUUGCAGACUGCUCUGCUGUCACUCAUCUUUCAUUUCCAUACAGCAAUGCACAUUUUUCAGAGAUAUAACUUUAAACUUUAGCAAACAUUGCUAAGCUAACCCUGUCUCCUGAAAAUUAAAUUUGUAUAUUACUUAAUUUUUUUCAUAAUUACAUUGUGGUAACGAUGUAAUAUCUGCCUGGAUUAUGUUCAGACACAAUGUUUGUUUGAGUGAAUAAAACAGUGCAAUUAUGUAACGCGAUGGAGUCACAAGGAGGUGGUUGGCCGUUGACUGUAACACCACAGUCCAGGGUCCAUGCCCACGCUCCUGCAACACAGCACUUUAGUUAAGGUUAGGGAAAGAUCAUGAUUUCACUUAAAUGUUCAUAAAAUCUGAAGUCACUGCUUACUUUUGCAUAGUGCUGUAGUCUCUAGGAGUGGAUAGUAUUGCCUAUUUUGGUUGAAAACAAAUUAACUACAUUUCCUUAUUCUGUUAAUAGAAAACGUAAUUCGGCAUUAUGUUUCCCUCAAAACUUAUUGGCUGUUGCAAAUUAGUUGUAUGAACUUAAUUUCUUGAAGACGGGGCAAAUGCACAUUGUUUCCAAUCCUAUCACAUUUCAAACUUUUCUUUUGCCUCAAGGACAGUACUGAUUACCUGUUUAUUAGGUCUACCUAACUAAAACUAAUGUAGUCAUUUCACAGGCUGUAGUUUGUGGUGCUGUUGAAUUGUGUUUCAUUUUACAGGCCAUAAAGUUGAAUUAACACAUUUCAACAAAUACUGAACUCUCACUAUGAAGAGUAGUUAGACAGUAUGACGCAUGAACAUGGACAGACGUUUUGUGGAUCAGUGGCUUAAAGUUGUUUUUUUAUUUUAAAUGGCACCCAUUUGCACCUGCUCUUAGUGUUGGCACCUUUUACAGAAGUUUAGCUUCAAACAUUAUGGGAGUUUACCAGAAACUUAUAUUGAACAAGAACUGUUUUGUCUUAAGCUCAGUGUUGACUGAGACUCAUCCACCUUUUACUGUAGAUCUUCUUGAUCUUGACUCUUGACUGAAACUGCUCUGAUUUGGACUCAUCUCAGACGAAACUUAAGUGGUCCUGACUAUGGCAGAUCUCUAGAUAUGUUUGUGGUUUGCUCACUUUGUCACUGAAUUGAAAACAAACUUUUUUGUUGCUAUUUUUAUGCCCACUUUUCAAAAGCAUAUUCCAAGCAUAACUGACCUUAAUGGACCAGUGUGUAGGAUUGAAGGGCAUCUAGCGGUGAAGUUGCAGAUUGCCAACAUAUGAAUACUACUUGACCUUCCAGGCGUGUAGGAGAAACUUUGGUGGCGACAAACCCCGUGAAAAAUGCAGAAAGCCCUAUCUAGAGCCAGUUUUUAGUUUGUCCUUUCUGGGCUUCUGUAGAAACAUUGUAGCUCAAGAUGGCCACCUCCCUGGAAGAGGACCUGCUUUCUCUGUAGAUUAAUCUCACAUCUCACUCUAAGGUUAGGGAAAUACAACAAUUAUAUAUAUAUUGAGGUGAUUAUACACGAAUAAAAACAUACUUAUGAAUAUUA